AUGCUGCUGGGCCAGGUCACCCUCACCCCCUUCUCGGUCAACGACAUCCUCCAGCUGGAACGCGAGCACAGCGACCCCGGGGCUUUCCUAACGCCGUGGAUGGCACCCAGGGGCCUGGGACCCCAACCGAGUGAGUCAGAGGUCUACCUCGCCAGCAGUGUGGACAGGGCCGGCCGCCGGCCCCCUGGGCGUCCCUGGGGGUCCGUCUCCACGGCGGAGGCGGAGGAGGAACGGAUGGAAGAGCCACAGGCUGUCCUGAGCGCGCCGCCGCCUCUCCUGGGCAGCGGGAACGGGAUGCUGGAGCGCGAUGGCGACGGCGAGGGCGCGCGCGGCGGCCGCCCCGAGCCGCCCCCGGCCCGGCCGCAGCGCCGGAAGCCGCGGGUGCUGUUCUCGCAGCCCCAGGUGCUGGCUCUGGAGCGGCGCUUCAAGCAGCAGCGCUACCUGUCGGCGCCCGAGCGCGAGCACCUGGCGGGCGCGCUGCAGCUCACGUCCACGCAGGUCAAGAUCUGGUUCCAGAACCGGCGCUACAAAUGCAAGCGGCAGCGCCAGGACAAGUCGCUGGGCCUGGCCGGCCUCCCGCCGGCGCCGCGCCGGGUGGCGGUGCCCGUGCUGGUGCGCGACGGCCAGCCGUGCGUGGGCCCCGGCGCGGGCCCCGGCGCGCGCGCCCCCUCCGGCCCCUACGCCCAGGCCGACGCGCCCUACGCCCGCUACGGCGGCUACGCGAGCGCCCACUGCGGAGCCAGCUGCGCGGCCGCGUUCCCCGCGCCCGCCGCGCCCCUCGCCGGCUUCAGCCCCGGAGGCCCCAGCGCCACCGCGCAGGGCGCCAGGGCCUGGUGA